AUGACCUCUCACGGGGUGGCCCUGGCCACGGCCGUGGCCGUCUCCGGUACCGUCAUCCUCAUCGCCCUCUGCCGCCAGAAGCCCUUCUCCGUCUCCGCUGGAGCCGGCGCCGCUGCCGCCGAUAGGAACUCGACUCCCCCUUGGCACCACCUGCGGUCCUGCAUCUCCUCCUCCGGGAAGACGGGAAACAGAACGAAGAAGCAGCAGCAGCGGAAGAAGAGAGUCCAGUUCGCAGCGGAAGUGGCGGAGUUCAGCUGCAGUGAGGCCCCGGCGGCGGAAGAAGAAAACCAGGAGCAAGAGGCGGCGGAGGAGGAGCGGCCGCGGGCGCCGCCAGGGAUGCCGGCGAACAGGGUGGCCCUGUACAACGGCAUCCUCCAAGAUCGGCUCAUGCAGCGUAUGGCCAGCUGUUACUGAUCCCUCGAUCGCGUCUGUAACCCCUUCCACGUUCAAACACACACACUCUCUCUCUCUCUCUCUCUCUCUCUCUCUCUCUCACACCUUGUAAUUAGCCAUCAAGCUUCUCGUGAGGAAGAAGAAAUUGAACUGGAUUGCUCA